GCUGCGUUGGGUGUGCGAGUGGAAGGUGAAACGAUUGCCAAGCUCGUGAGCGACGUUCACGAUCUAAAUGGGCCAAUCCCAGCGACGUUCGAAUGCGUUUCGAGACCCCUUUCCUGAUAUUCUGUUACAAAUUUGCGCAUCGUGUGAACUUUCAUAUGUAUAAACUGAAUAGAAAUAAACAAAAUUUUAACUUUUGGAACACGUAAAAAGUGCUUUGUAUGUGUGUUCAUUCGCGCAGUGGAAUAUUGUGUAAUGAACGGAAGAAUAUAUUUACAGCGAUGCAAAUGAAGUGUUCAAUUGCAAUUCGCACUGAUUAGUGAUGUAGCUGGAGGUGAAAGGAAAGUGAACUGAAUUAAUGUGUGAAAAUAACAUUAUUACUGCAUAUGUCCUUUAUGUAAGUCUGGUGGUGCAUUGCUAAUACUAAUUUAAUAUUUCAACGCUCGACAGCAUUGUAUUAAAGUUGCAGUGUGAUGAAUUUUGUUCUGAAUCUGAAAGAAAAGAGUGACUUUAAAAAGUUUGCUGAACAAGUUUGAUGUCGGUAGUGUAGUACAGACAGGCACCGUCAAUCUGCAACGCUGGCGUCUUAAUAGCGUUGGAUUAGUAUCAGCUUGGAUUUCAACGACAGUCAUCUAGUUGGUAAUCUCUGUCGGUGUGCAUGUCCUGACGUUAUCUGCGGCUUGGAGACCGUCUGUAACUGUCAUCUAACCGGACUUGGUACCAUGUUGUGAGGUGGCCAGCGAGUUCUUCAAGUCCAAUCUAACAUGAACACGAGAGCGAUGUUUGUGGCAUUCUUCAUGCUCUGGACGGUAGUGGCGGAAGCCCUGGACACCUCCCAAUGCAUUGCACCCUUGGGGAUGGAGUCUGGAGUGAUACGAGACGAAGAUAUUACCGCGAGUUCAUCCUUCGACAGUGGUAACGUUGGACCCCAAUUCGGACGUCUGCGGACGGAGAGUCAUGGGGGAGCAUGGUGCCCCAAGAAUCAAAUCACAACGGAGCCGAAGGAAUGGCUGGAGAUCGACCUUCACUCCGUACACGUUAUCACAGCCACAGAGACACAAGGCAGGUUCGGCAACGGCCAGGGUGUUGAAUUCGCCGAGGCUUACUUGCUAGAAUACUGGCGCCCGCGUCUAGGAAAGUGGGUGCGAUACAGAGACACCAAAGGCGAAGAGGUGAUUGAAGGCAACUCGAACACGUACCUGGGAUCGAAGCGGGAACUGGACCCGCCCGUGUGGGCCAGCAGAAUCCGCUUUCUUCCGUACAGCUACCACCGGCGCACAGUCUGCAUGAGGGUGGAAAUGUACGGCUGCUACUGGAAUGAUGGGAUUGUGAGCUACUCGAUGCCGCAGGGGGACGUCAGGGGUUCGGGAUGGGAGUUCUUUGACUCCACGUACGACGGCCACUGGGACGGAGAACUACGACGAGGAUUGGGGCAGCUGACCGACGGCAAGAUCGGCCCCGACAACUUCAAGAUGGGCUACUACGACUAUGAGCGGGGACAAGGAUGGGUCGGCUGGAGAAACGAUACGAGAAAUGGCCAACCUAUCGAGAUUAAAUUCGAGUUCGAUAAAGUUCGAGAGUUUACAUCAGUACAUAUCUUCUGCAACAAUCAGUUCACGAGGGAUGUGCAGGUGUUUUCGGAAGCCGACAUCAUGUUUAGUGUAGGGGGACGCUACUUCGUGGGCGAACCGAUCUCAUAUACGUACAUCGAAGACAGAAUCUUCGAGAAUUCGAGGAACAUUUCGAUAAAACUGCAUCAUCGCAUUGGACGCUUCGUGAAACUACAACUCCACUUUGCUGCCAAGUGGAUUAUGAUCAGCGAAGUAACAUUUGACUCAGAUGUUGCCCACGGAAACUUCUCGGUGGAGACGCCACCGUCUCCGGACAUACCGGUACAGAGUGACGUGUAUGUCGAGAAGAAACAUGCCACGAACCAGGGUGGCUUACCAGUUUCAACCGCAAGAGACGAAGAUCACACUUACAUGGCCGUCAUAAUCGGUGUUCUUAUGGCUGUCAUUCUACUACUCGCCGUCGCCAUAUACUUGAUCGUCUCGCGUCAUCGUCAGAGGAAGUGUUUCGCGAGCCCUCUGACCUCCAAGCCAGCUCUUCCCGGCUCCAACAACCACCAGCACCUCCCUCCGGGCAGCGGCUGUGGAACGGCGGAGAAGGGCACCACAAUGGGGUCCUACAGUGUCAAGGAAGUGGAUGAUAACUACAACCAGUCUGCGCGUUGUGGGGGCGGCAUGCCUCCAGGGGCAGGAACCAUGGCUUCUACAACCAUGUCUACGCUACCUCCACCACCAGGGACGGAUAAGACGAGCAGCAUGCUGCUGAUGGACCACGUGAUCGACAUCAAACUUGAUGAAUACCAGGAACCAUACCAAGCGCUGAAGUAUGCCCCGUACUACUCGUACAGCACCGUGGUCAUGGAGAUGAGAGACAUGCUGAACAAGUGCUCCGCCACGCAGUCAGAUACGUCAUAUGACUACGCCGUACCGGAAAUGGGAACGGUACCUUUGCUGAGCCCGGAAAACACACUACCACUUCCCGUAGUUGCAAGCGCUCCCAGCGACAAGGACAGCGUUUUUUCCAAGGGCUCCAGUUCCAAGGGAAGCAAGUCAGAAGAUUCGAAAGGCAAGAAAUCUCCCAGCCAGCAGGAGGUUUUGAGCGCCCUCAAGCGACGCCUGGAACAAACCGCAGUGCCGGAGUUUCCCAGACACAGGCUCCGAAUGCUGUCCAAACUGGCUGAGGGCGCAUUCGGCACGGUGUACGUGGCAGAAGCUGAUGGAAUCCCAGAAUAUGGAUCUGCAGCAUCCCUCGGGAAGAGACUCGUGGCCGUCAAGUUUCUUCUGCAUGAUGCCUGCGAGAGAGAAAAGCUGGAUUUCCAUCGUGAUGUGCGGAUCUUGGCUGCCCUGGAGGAUGUGAACAUCGCCCGAGUGUUAGGUAUGUGCAGCCACGAGGAGCCUCUGUGUGUCGUUAUGGAGUACCUGGACCACGGCGACCUCAACCAGUUCCUGAAGACACACGUGCCUGCCGAUGGCGCGCGUACCUUGCCCGUCGGCGUUAAGACCCUGAGUUUCAACUGCCUCUUGUACAUGGCUGCGCAGAUCGCUUCUGGUAUGAGGUACCUCGAAACCCUGAAUUUCGUACACCGUGACCUCGCAACCAGGAACUGUCUAGUGGGGAAGGCGUAUCAGAUUAAGAUAUCUGACUUCGGGACAGACAAUGAGCUCUACGCUGGUGACUACUACAAGGUAGAUGGCGCCAUGGCGUUGCCAAUCCGUUGGAUGGCCUGGGAGUCUAUUUUCCAGGGUAAAUACACUACAAAGAGUGACGUAUGGGCGUUUGCCGUGACUCUGUGGGAGAUCCUGAACCUAGGUCGCCGAAUUCCGUUCGAAACACUAACAGACCCACAAGUAGUGGAAAACUUGGCUCACAUGCACCGUGAUGAUGGCCAGUUCGUCUACCUACCACGACCACCAGCGCCACCGUGCACGAAGGACAUUUAUGACCUCAUGUGCGAAUGUUGGCGUCGCCACGAAACCGAGAGACCCAGCUUCAGGGAGAUUCAUCUGUUUCUGCAGAGGAAAAACCUUGGAUACGCGCCUGUUACAUGAUCGGUGGCGUCAGAGUCCUCUGGCGAGGCGCUCCAGGUUCAGCCUGGAGACCUAGGCGUCGUAUGACCAGACUGGUUACGUAUCUUGGCUGGUUAUAAUUGUUUUCAUAAAAUUUAGGGUGUAAUGAGCUGUGUAUAUAAAACCUCGACCCUAAAACUUAUUUUGUGUCCCUUCGCAGCAAUAUUGUUUCCUUAAAAGAUCCCUGUAACAUAUUACAGAGCAACACAGAAACUACAUAAAUUAUGAUUCUGCAUAGGUUUCACACAAUUGGGGUAUAAGAUCGAUAGAAAAUUUCGUUUGCACUGUAGAGUAUUUGAAACAUUUUGAGGAUACAUGUACGAUGACAUAUACCUUCGAAACAUUUCCAAGCUUACGUCCUUUGGAAGAUUUUUUUUUAUAUCUGAGAUACGUUUGUGCAAUUCUCCGAUCUGGCGCUAGUGUUCCGUUUUAAAAUAAGAAAUUACUUUUUCCAUAAACUUAAUACAACUUCUAGAAUUGCAUAUUUUACAAAGGACAUACCAUGUCAGUUACAAAUACCAACAGUGAAAAUAUUAAAGGAAUGGUAAUGUCUAAGAAUAUUGGAGCCUUUAUGAAAUCGCUUUAUUUACAUUGUAAAACUACGGUUGUGAAAAUUGUUGGCCUGACUCGGUGAGGCGAAAUAAACACACAUACACACGAAUUGAACGAAACCUAGAAUAAAUCUGAAAAUUUUGGUGAGAGCCCCGAAUAAUACGCGAAUGAAAUUUACUGAUGAGGACUUACAUCAUUUCCGAUGUAGAGAAUUUCGACAUAUGCGUUUGUAAAAUGUCGAAUUCUAGAUUGUGUUGAACAGUUAAGAUACAUAACUUUACACAUCCUGUCAUAUUGUCAAGCGUUAUUAAACAAAAUUGCUACUGUUUUGAUGAACGAAAUGCCAAAGGAAAAUUAACUAUUUCAAAAGAUUCUCUUUUUAAAAAAAUAAUUCGAGUGGAAAAAAUACAAUUAGAAAUAAUUCAUUUGAAAUACUUGAUCAAUUUUGAUACUGCUAAAAACGGAAUACUACCAUUCGAUGACAAACGUUCGUAAUUAUGACGUAAUUAGACAAAGUAAUAAUUAUGUGGAAUUAUACAAGAAAUAGAGAAAGUUUAAUAGAUACGUGAACCAUUUAACAGAAAUUGUGCGUGAACGGUGGCUAUACUGUUGGGUGUACGUAAACAAGGCUGCUGCAUAUUCAAGUCUGGUCUUCGUGCAAGGAUUCACAGUAUCUUAAUUCACUCCUCAUAUAAUAAAACUGAUUGUUAAAUGAUUCUGCAUCGCUAUCUUUUAAACCUGGGAAAGGAAGCUUAAAUAAGAACAUACAGAAGGGGAGUAACUGAAUAAAACUGAAGGGAGAAUCACAAGAAAAUCUUCUACAACGAUAAUUUCGCCCGCCUCGCAUUGAGUGGACGUUUCAUAACUCGCCAUAGUGAACGGUUGGAAAUCUACAAGAAUUAUUUUUUUACAUUGAGUUUCAUACCACCACAUUUACGUUCGUGUGAUAUAACCAUCCAAUUCAACGCUGAUAUAAUUCUUUGCCAUUCAAAUUACUUCUAACCCUGAAUUUAUCAUCAGACUUUCUUAAAUCUAAAACUUCUUGACGAUGGUGAAGAGUCAAUUGAAUAAAAAUUUACUUGGAUAUUAUCCAUCGUCUAGUAAUAAAACGUAAAAAACGUACGUUUUAUCACUAGACGAUGGAUAAUAUCCAAGUAAAUUUUUAUUCAAUAGACUUUCUUAAGCUCACUCAUGUUAGAUUUUAAGUUUUUCGUGGCGCGCGAUAUAUUCAUGAUGAUCAGUGCCUGAUUACGAAGACAGCAAGUUCCUCCAAAACCGGUUAGUUUUAACCAAACUACUCAGUGCAACGUUCCAAAAGCAGUUGUCUUAAUUCAGGUUAUUUCCUGUAAAACCGAAUUUAACAAUUUACUCUUUAAUACCAAUAUUAAUAUCAAUCACCAUAAUGAAAUGCAUGAUAUCGACAAUGUUAUCAUUAUAUACAGUAAAAUGCAUUUUGCUAUGAUGAUUGAUAAUAUAUUUUAAUAUCUUGUACCUACACAGCCUUGUUAAAAUUAGUUUUGCGGACAAAACCUAAAUUAAGUCACGAUUAAUACGCGUAAAACUGAUGAUGAUGAGCCUAAGGUUGAAAUUAGUUGGACUGUAAAAUUCUAUAACUGAUUUGCACUGGAUGGUUAUUCUUCAUCAACAACAACAGCAAAUAUGAAUGUAGCAACGUAAAUAAUAAACUCUACCAUUACGUAUAAGUCGUGAGAAGUACUGAGACCAAACGUAAGGACACAAAUUAAUGCUUAAAUUUAAUCUUGAUGCAUUUUAUCACUUCAUAGGAGUUUUUAAUCCGGGUGAUUAACUGUGGCUUUUAGCUCUAUGAAGCCUGUACCUGAGACCUACUCAAGAAACAGAAGAUGACGUAAUAGCUUAACUUGGAACCAUUUCAUAUACUCACCGUAACAUUUUCUGUCAAAGGUCAUAAACAUAAUGGGGCGAAAAACAAUAAAUUACCAUGCCUUAGACGACGAGGAUGGAAUGGAGAUAUCACUCCCCAAAACAUUUAAUCCCAAUUUCUAUGAAUAAAUUAUUAUAGGUAGUGCCUCAGAAUACAUGUCUAAUUGGCCUGUAACAUGUAAGAAAACACGAGAACUGUUUUGUGCGCUGUUAUCAUUUAAAUGGUUCUAAAAGCAAUGACAUUUAUUAAUUUUCAAAGUUGUGCAUCACGGUAAUUUUGUAUGUGUGUGAGACACUUUUUUUUUUAAGUUUUUGAAAUAUUUCGUAUGGUGGUAUAAAUAAUAUUGAAUUACUUAGGCCUAUUAUAUGAACUUUGCUGUACAAUAAUAUUUCGAAUCUGAACGAAGAAAGUGAAAAUGCGUAUUAAUGAAGACAUUUUUAUAACGUAUUAUGAAUACUGAAAAUCGUUAGCCUCACUGCGUGUUUCUUCUAAACAGGUGUAGCACAGACUCAGUGUUUAGCGUGUCUUCAAAUCUGUCGACUGACUAAAAACGAACUACUUCAUUUUUAUACCUAUCGUAGUUAGACUAAAAUGUAAAGAAAUAACACUACAAGUUUCAAAGUGGAUGAACCAGUUGUAUAUAUAAUAUUAUUGGAACAGAAUUUAUGGGUGUCAUAACUGUUUAUGCAUCUGCGAUAUUAGAAUGAAGAAAGUCGAAUACGUAUAUAUAUAUAGUUAAUUGUAUCUUUUAAGUAUUCCACAAAAUCUGUCUCCCAUCAUAAGUACCAAUGUGAUAUAAAUGAUUACUUAACAGUAGAGCAAAUCAUAAGAAACACGAUGUUUUGUCAUAGUUUCCUUAAGCCUACACGUGAUAUGUGUAUAUAACACUAUUUUAACGUUAAAGAGGAGACACCGCUGUAGGACUACUGUAGUAACAAUAAUAUAUGUAGGAUAUUAACAACGACUGCAAUUUAAAAAGAAAAAAUGUACAAAAUUAUCACAAUAUGUAUAUAUAUAUAUGUUGUAAUUAAUAUGAUUACAAAAAAAGAAACUAGUCAUAUUGAAAGUAAAGGAAGGCCAAAUUCCACUGCCAUAAUUUAUAUUAUGACGUAGACUUGGUUGUUUUAAUUCCGUGAAAAUUAAUAACAACCCCCAGAAACGUUUUAGGGCGGUACCAGAGCGUUUGGUCGCUGUUUAUUGUCUGUAGCACGUGAUUGGCUGACUGCGUCUUAAUAUGGCGGUGUUGUCAUAUAUACAUAUAUAUAUGCAGGGUACUUUUGUGUUAAUUUAAAAGUUUUAAAUCGAUAUGAGAAGGCAUUUUACAUGGUAAUCAUUUCUUAAAAUCUUUAAUUAACACUGUCAAUCUACAACAAACUUGUAACUAAACUAUUAUGCACUGAGUUAAAGCAAACGUAGUUUGAUUCUGAUCAUUAGGCCGUAAAAACUUUAACUGUUCUUAAAUUUUUAGUCCAAAUUCCACGAUAGACUAAUAAUAUUACACGUUGAAGACAGUUUCGUUUUCAUGUUAAAUGCAACUUUUAUUCCCGUCACUAAUGUUCCUUAUUUCAUCCGUUCUUUGUAGUGUCCCUUAAACUGCCGUUAAUGCAGUGUUGUUGGUUAUAAUUACGUUCCAAGCUGUCCGCCAUGAUGAAUCACUGUCUUAGAGACUCACAAGUAGUGAAACCAGGUAGUCGGGUCGCAGAACACCGGACUUUUUUUUCAGUGUGUCUCGUAUAGCUGUAUUGAUAUGCACACAUUAAUAAUUUACAACAUACUGUUCUAAUACACAAUCUCGGGAAAAGCUUUUUAAGAAUAGACCAGCGUAUUUUCAAAAUAAAUAAUCGCUUUGAGUCAUAACGUGUAAUUAAAAUCACUGUUCAUCUGUUGACGUCAUAAAGCCCGGGUUACAGUGUUCUUUUCAGUCAUAUAUGGACGUUAACAGAACAAAAUAUGGCAUUACAGGACUAUGUAGAAAGUACAUAACUAAUUUAUUGCUUUAUAGAAGAGUUAUAAAAUUAUUAAGUGUUAUUAAAUGUGCAAGAUUUUUGGUAAUUUUAGUUUAAAUUUCAAUAAGUAAUAUUCUGAAUUUCAGAAAACCAAUAGUAAUACAAAUUGUGGCACAAUCAGUUACAUAUCACCAGCUUCUGUCAAGAGUCUGGGAGAAUUGUUUUAAAUCGAAAGUUACACUCAAGAAUAAAUGAGUAAAUAAAUGUAAAUAACACGAAUGAUGAUGGUGAUAAUUAUAAAUAAAUGUUCUGCUUUUCUUUUU